GGGGGAAGCCCUGCCUCGCUCGGGAGCCUCCCCGCCGCCCGGCUCGGCGCGCAGGUGGAGCGGUGCCGGCGCACGCACGGACCGACCCGCCGAGACCAGCCCAGCCCCGCCGCGGGAGCAGCCCCGCAGCCCGUUCCCCGCCCCGCUCCGCCCGGCCCGGCGGCGCCGCAGCCGGCAGCAUCGCGGCGGGACUGCCCGGGGAUGCAGCCGCGCUAAGAACAAAAGCCCUCUACGCGGUCACGCUCCGGGGCUUUGAAGCGGCCCGGCCAAACUUGGAUCUCUUCCCCCUCCGCCGAGCCGCGGCGGCGCCCGGAUUGAACUCAUCGGCGCCUUCUCCGCACGCCGCGGGCAGCGGCAGCGCCUGAGAGCCGGGGUUCCCCCGCCUGCCGCCCGCUGCGCGCCGUCCCGCCGGGGCUGCCCGGGGAGGGGGGGCCGCGCCCCGGACCCCGAGCCGCCCGGCACCGCGCCGCCCCGCAGAGCCCAGCCGCCUCCCCGCCGCGGGACCUUGGCUUUGCCCUUCGCACGGCAGGUGGCGGGGCCAGCGGAGAAGGAUGCGUUUCUUCCCGUGGGGAUUUUGGCUGCUGUGUGUCGCCUCCGCCCCGGCUCGCGGUGACAGCGGCAGCAAGGCGAGGAGCUGCGCCGAAGUCCGGCAGCUGUAUGGGGCCAAGGGCUUCAGCCUCAGCGGCGUGCCCCAGGCCGAGAUCUCCGGGGAGCACCUGCGAAUCUGCCCACAAGGCUAUACCUGCUGCACCAGCGAGAUGGAGGAGAACUUUGCAAACAAAAGCCGAAGUGAAUUUGAAGCCAUGAUGAAAGAGACUGGUCGCUCUGUGCAGAUGACCCUAACAGCGCAGCACAGAAGCUUUGACAGCUAUUUCCAGGAUUUGUUGAACAAGUCAGAAAAGGCCCUUUAUGAAGCUUUUCCAAGCAUGUACGGAGAAUUGUACACUCAAAACAUGAAGGUCUUCAAGGACUUGUACAGCGAGCUACGCCGCUAUUACCGGGGCUCCAACAUCAACUUGGAAGAGGCCCUCAAUGAGUUCUGGACACGCUUGCUGGAGCGGCUCUUCAAGCUGAUGAAUCCCCAGUACCAUAUCACAGAUGAGUACCUGGACUGCAUGGUGAAACACGCGGAGCAGCACAAACCCUUUGGGGAAGUUCCCAGGGACCUGAAGGUGAAGGCAACCCGAGCCUUCAUCGCAGCACGUUCCUAUGCACAGGGCUUUCUAGUGGGCAGCGACGUGGUCAAAAAGGUGUCUCAGGUCCCUCUCAGCCACGAGUGCACCCGCGCCAUCAUGAAGCUGAUGUACUGCCCACACUGCCGGGGCAUGUCCAGCGUGAAACCCUGCAACAACUACUGCCUCAACGUGGUGAAGGGCUGCCUGGCCAACCAAGCGGACCUGAACACUGAGUGGAAGUACCUGAUGGAUUCCCUGGUCAUAGUGGCUGAUCGGAUCAAUGGACCAUACAACGUAGACACUGUAAUAGGAACUAUUCACAUGAGGAUCGCUGAAGCUAUUUCUAACUUGCAAGAAAACAAAGACUCCAUCACAGCCAAGGUUUUCCAAGGCUGUGGAAACCCUAAAAUCAGCACAAAAGGCUCCAGCAGCGAGGACAAGAAACGGCGGGUAAAGGUGGCGUUAGAAGCAAAAUCCUCUUUGCAAGCACUGGAGAUGCUGGUUUUAGAUGCCAAAGGGAAUCUGACAGCUCUCAAGACUUACUGGAUCACCCUGCCCGGCAGCCUGUGCAGCAAAAAAGUAAUGUCCAGCUCAGCGGCAGAUGACAAGUGUUGGAACGGGAUGACUAAGGGCAGUUACCUACCCGAAGUGAUGGGAGACGGCUUAGCUAAUCAGAUAAACAACCCAGAGGUGGAGGUGGACAUCACCAAGCCAGAUAUGACCAUUCGCCAGCAAAUCAUGCAGCUAAAGAUCAUGACAAACCGACUGGGCAAUGCUAACAUCGGAAACGACGUGGAUUUCCAAGAUGCAAGUGACGACAUGAGCGGCUCUGGAAGCGGUGACAGCUGUCCUGACGACGUCUGCGGCAAAAGACUUUCUAAGAGCCCCAGCACCAGGCAACCAGAAACACACGCUAUUCCUAAGCAGUCUGGACACGGCAUCAGUGGGGCCAGCAGCAGAUCUUUGCCUUCUACCUUCCUCCUCCUCCUCUCGGUGGCUUUCAUUGCCGCACAGCACUUGUGGCGGUAACUCACUAGCACAGCCAGGAAAGAGACUGUGGCCUAGGGCUUCACUUUGCCAAAACCAACCAACCAACAAACGGACAUAUUUAAUUCACCUUGGCAAAAAAAAAAAAAAAAAAAAAAGAAAAAAAAAAAUGAAAAAAAAAAGAGGGAAGAGAAAAAGGUUUCAGUUGUUUGCUAUUUCUGGCAGUGCUCAAGCUGUUUUCUUCAUUCUUGGUCUCUUCCCCAAUGCUGGGCCCUUCUUUCCGUACCUCAUUGUUUUACUUUUGUUAUUGCCACAAACUGGCUCUUGGGGCUUAAAAAAGCCUUUGCAGAGAGACCUCCAGGGGCCACCCCAGCCGGCCCUUCCCAGGGCAGCUCUGUUGCUGCCUCCAGUGGAAUAUGCAAUUAAUUGCCCUGAUGUUGUUACCCAGCCACUGGCCAGAGCGCUGUUACUGUCCCGCUGCCAAAAGCACAACGGGAGCAACGCCGCUUCAUAAGGCGGAGAGACUGAGGUGGUCAGCGCUGCUUAGUGCUGCAUUCAGGGGCUCUUUGCAGUUUUUCCUCUGUACUUCCCUGGCAGGCAGAUAUGGCCCUGUGCUUCCAACGGCAUACGUAGGAACGUGAGUGGGUUUGGUGGGUUGAAGUGAAACAGUCUGGCAGUGGCUGUUGGACCUGAAAAUGCAGAACUCCCUUUUUCUUUGGAAAGGUUGUAAAUGGGUUUCUUGACUAGAGCUCGUAGCUGACAACAAUUUGAAAUGUAGGUCUCCUACAUCUAAGUGACUGGGAAUGAGUGUUAGGGGUUGGGGUUUGGGGUAUUUUUUCUUUGCAUGCUAGUUGGAAAGCCAUUUUUUACCCAAGUGAUAAUGGUCCGAUUUCUACCUGCAGUGCAGUACCUGCAUAGGUAACAGAGAGAUGAAAAUACGCACAGUGGGAUUCUCUGCUUGAAAGACAGUUGUGCUGCCUCCUCCUCCUCCAGCCCCAGCCAUGGAUGGGAAUCCCUUUUGUUUUUUGGUAACAAGAAAGACCAGGGACUUUGUACUACCUGGAGCAUUGUGACUGGUUAUGGGAGCUACCACCAGGAGUGAACCCCUGGUCAGUGUCCCUACCUGGGAGACUAGCUCAGGGUAGCACAUGCUGGGGAGGAUGUGGGGACAGGACAUGUUGUAUUUAGGAUAUUGUUUUUAUUUUGAUGUUUGUCCCUGUUGCAUUGUAGUGAAUCCUUACUUUUCCUGUCCUUUCCCCGUCCCACCAUGCACCAGCCUCUGUGUCACACAAAGGGCUAUCCUGACCCUGAAUGCUUGGUGAGGCAGACUCUAUGCCAGGUUUUGAGACUGGGGGUGGUUGGUGGAAAAUAAAAAUAUCCUCACGUAGCUGUAGGAGUGUCUGUGUUUGUCGAACUGUGUGCUUCAGGGCUUCUGGAGACUUCUGUACCUCACAGGUUUGGCAAGCAUGAGCUGGAGAUGUAGGUUUAGCAGAUGUUUUAGAUACAGCACCAUCACUGUGACCAGUUGGGCCAAGGGCAUGGCCAAGGGUUGGGCUGCAUUCAUAUGGGGUCAGGUUUGAGUUUCAAAUGUUUGUACUGUGGGUGAGAGGGGGGUCAGAGGUGGAUCUGUCUUCUGCUUGGCUGGUCUGCACAGCACAUAUUUGAGCAUUUCUCCUCUCUCCUGCCAUGGGAGAUGUGUCUUUGGGCUGAACAAACAUUAUGGGGCUGGGGUUUGGCUGUUUUCUAAGAAAGGGAAAAAAACCAUUAGCAGUUUCUAGAAUGUGCAAUUUAAGGGAAAACAAGACCAUGAGCAAGGUAAUGCCAAAAGCUGGCACAGGUGGGCAUGGGGAGAGCUUGUUGCCCUCCCCAGGGGUCCCACGGAGGCAGCUGCCCACCUCAUCCUGGGGCCAGGUAACGAUGUUCAUGGUUCAUCUGUUAAUAAUUAGGCAGACAUUUUAGGUCAGCUUUGACUGGCUACUCCACAUCACAGUGACUGAUGUUACUGACUUGGUCCUUCCUGCCUUGUACUUGCCACCUUCUGAUCUAAUCUGGUAGAGUUUCAGAAAUGAAAGCCAGAAUGCUGGGCAUUGGCUAAAGGACAGACAGCACCACUGGAUGCAUCAAAACCCAGGAGUGGAUAAAUCAUGGAUAAAUGGAUAAAUCAUAAAACAAAUAAUGGAUUUAUACAGAUUUACUUGCUUCUAGAAAUAGGGCAAGUUCCACAUUUUACUGUUCUAAAGAGUUUCUGUCUUUUUUUUCUUUCUUUUUUUUUUUUUACCAGAAUUGCCAAUACAAAUUUAGCCUUCAGUUACAGAAAUCCCCACAACUGAUCCUGCAGGAACUUUAUAUCUGAAGCAAAAAAAAAGAGGGGAGGAGAGGGUCAUUAAAACAUUAUACUCUCUUCAAAAAACAGUUGGAUUGAAUUGGGGUUUUAACACAUGACUGCCAAGGCCAACGUUUUGCUUUGCAGAAUGGGAGAUUGAAAGAAAAGUCCUUGUCGUUUCCAUCUCUGUGCGGUUAGUGUUUGCUGUCAGCCUGUUACCCUCAAAAGCUUCAUAUGGGCCCUGUGGGCAACACACCUUAAAUGGCAAGCCAAGGAUUUUCUGAUUGUCCCGUUAAUAUUUGAGCAAUUUAGUAGCCCAAAUUAUUGGCCUUGUUGUGCUGAUAAAACCCAACAGUCCAAAUGAAUAAGGCAAAGCCUCAAGGAUACAGUAAAAACUGUUACACAAGGAGAAGCCCUUCCUGAUGCUUUCCCCCUUUGGCUGGGGCUGGAGCAGCAGCAGCCUCAGGUCUGCACGGUGCUAGCAGUGCCAGGGCUCUUCACCCUGUUUGCCAGGAGGCACAUGGCGUUGAUGCAUCCUCCCUCCUCAGCCCUGGGGCCAGUUGGGUUUAUUUUUAUACCUUUUCUAAGAGUCUUCCUACGCUGCUGCUUUUUGUUGGUUCCUGGUUAAUUCAGUUUAUCCUGUUGUCUGUGUUACCCUGUAGUGGUUUCCCCAACCUGCUGUGAUUCGGUGGCCAGGGCUGCGCUUGGCCGUGCCACCUUCUGCUGGGGAGCCGAACCAGCCGAGUCCCAGCAGGGUAUCGACUCAGCGUCACUCUAAGCUAAGCAAACCUAAAGCAAACAGCAGUUAUCGACAGAUGGACGAUCACUGGCACAGCUCAACAAGCUGAAGUCAGCCCUGGUCCAGAGAAGCCCCAAGCCUGCGCUCAGGCUGGCACAGAACCUGGGGCCUUUCAGUGCUUAUAAACGACAUUUCCUGAGGUAGCGCCUGCUCAAAACCCUUGUGACAAACCUCCCCAGCCCCGUGGUGGUGGCAGGCUGAGGGCUGCAGCCGCAGCAGGGGCUGGCAGCUGCCAUGGGUUGGUUCCGUGGAUGGAAAGCUCUGGGAAACAGGGGUGGCUGGGGAGGAACAUGUGCUUUGAUAUUAUCGAGAUGGUGAUUUGUGGUGUUCUGAUUUGAGAAGGCCUCAUAUUUCACAGGGAUGCAGUGGCAGGUAGCGGUCUGGGAAAAAUAAUAUUAAAAAGGAUCCCUGUCCCCGGAAAGGGGAGAACCAGAAAUAGUAGAUUUCCAAGUGUCUUUCAGCCUGCUCUUUUGUGCCAUAACAUGUAUGUUUUAACUAAGGGCGAGGGUCUCAAAAGGCUUUGAGAGCACAGCUACUUAUCAUUUACAAAUGACAAACUGCCUGUUGUUUACCAGUGGGCUUGGUAGGGGCUAAGGUAUAGCAAAAAUAUCUAAAGUCCACCUUUGCUUUAAACAGAUGCAUUUCUAUCUGCAGGAAUAAGAAUUAUUUCACUUAUUGGCAUAGCUGGACAGUUAUCUAUUUCUUUCUGUUACCAAGGUACUUGUAACUCUCUUGCACUGUUUAUCUAAAGUUGAAAUAUGUUCUUUGAAUCCUUGUAUAAAUAAAAAGGCUGGAGACUUAAA